AUGUUGCAGAAAACAUCAGUUAUUGAAUCUUCUACUCAUGCAUUAAUCUCUGUUAUUCCAAAUUGUAUUAAUUUUCCAGAGAACCAUUGCAUAUGUGAUAAAUAUGAGAAGGUCUUGGAUCACGGCACAAAGCAUAUUUUCCAUGAUCAUGUGAAUAUCCAAGAGAGGCCAUUUCAAUGUAAUGAGCUUGGCAACGGUAUUCAUGAAUCUUCUGAGAGUACAUGCUAUGACAGAAAUGACAUUGCAGAAAAGUACAAGAACGGAUUUCUUAACCACAGAGAGGCCUCUGUUGAAUCAUUAGAUACAAAUAGACAUGCAAGUGGGAACACUGGAGAAGAACCUUACAAAUACAAAGAAUGUAUAAACUCUUUAGAUUUUUGUUCUAUCAUUAGUCAAAAUCAGAUAAUCCACACAGCAACAAAAGAACAGAAAAAUACAGAAUAUGAUCAAUCUUUUGACCCUGAACAUAUACUCACACUGAAACGAGCCGGUAGUGUAAAGAAACCACAGCAAUGCAAGAAAUGUGGACAAAGUUUCAAGAUGUACUCAAGUUUCAGUAGACAUCAGAGAGCUCAUACUAAAGAGAAAUCCUAUAAAUGUACAAAAUGUAAUAAAUCCUUUCUGCAUUUGUCCCAACUCAAAGUGCAUUACAAGAUCCAUUCUAGAGAAAAACCCUACAGAUGUACAGAAUGUGGUAAGAGCUUUUUUCAUACAUCAGACUUAAAAAAGCAUUACAGCUUCCACACUGGAGGGAAUACUUACAAAUAUAAUGAUUUUGGCAAAUCUUUUAUCUGCUGCUCAGGUCUUACAGAACAUCAGAAAACUCAUGGAGGAGAGAGACUUUCUGGAUGUAAAAAAGCUACUAGCACAUUCUAUACAGGGUUACACCUCCAAUACCAUUGUAGAAUCUAUACAGGAGAGAAAUUUUUCAUAUGUAAUGAAUGUGGCAAAUCCCUUUGCACGUAUCCAGGUCUUAAAAGACAUCAGAGAAUUCACACAGGGGAAAAACCUUACAAAUGUAAUGAAUGUGAAAAAUCCUUUACCCAGGAAGGCAGUCUUAGAACUCAUCACAGAAUACAUACAAGAGAGAAACCUUUCAAGUGUAGUGAAUGUGACAGAUGCUUUGCCAGGAAAUCCUAUCUUAGAACUCAUCAGAGAAUACAUACAGGAGAGAAGCCUUAUAAAUGUAGUGAAUGUGACAAAUCAUUUACCCAGAAAAGCAAUCUUAUAACUCAUCAAAGAAUCCACACAGGAGAGAAACCUUACAAGUGUAGUGAAUGUGACAAACUCUUUACCUACAGCUCUCAUCUUAGAAGACAUCAGAGAAUUCAUACAGGAGAGAAGCCUUACAAAUGCAGUGAGUGUGAGAAAUCCUUUACCAAUGGCACAGAACUUAGAAGACAUCAGAAAGUUCAUACAGGAGUUAAACCGUAUAAAUGUGAUGAAUGUGACAAAUACUUUACCCAGAAAGGCAGUCUUAGAACUCAUCAGAGAAUUCAUACAGGAGAGAAACCUUACCAGUGUAGUGAAUGUGACAAAUCCUUUAUCAGGAAAGUCCAUCUUAGAAUUCAUCAGAGAAUACAUACCGGAGAGAAACCUUACCAGUGUAAUGAUUGUAACAGAUCCUUUACCCAGAAAUUUAAUCUUAGAAUUCAUCAGAGAAUUCAUUCAGGAGAAAAACCUUACCAGUGUAAUGAGUGUGACAAAUCCUUUACCCUGAAAUUUAAUCUUAGAACUCAUCAGAGAAUUCAUUCAGGAGAAAAACCUUACAAAUGUAGUCAGUGCGAGAAGUCUUUUAUCCAGAAAAUCAGCCUUAGAAUACAUCAAAGAAUUCAUACGACAGAAGCCUUACAAAUGUAA